AUGACACAGACGACAGACGAAGGACAGGACGAGACGACUGCGGAGUGGAGAAGUGGCGCCGGGGUGCGCGUUCCCUCUUUCAACAUUUGCGAUUUCGCGGCACGGCGGCUGGCGUUACAAGGUCAACAAUAUAAAUCGCAACAUUACAAUAUCAACUUGUUCUGA